AUGGCAAAAUUCAUGACGAUUCUUCCUCUAUCAAUCUUCUUCUUCUUCCUCAUUUUCCCUCCACCUGCAUCAUGUUCCACCAAUCAAACAGACCAACUCUCAUUACUCGCCAUAAAAUCAAGCCUUCAAGAUCCACAAGGAGCUCUCACCUCAUGGAACCAAACACUCCCUCUCUGCAGCUGGAAAGGCAUCCAAUGCCGCGGCGGCAGAGUCGUCGCUCUAAACUUGACAUCUCAAGGCCUUGUCGGCAACCUCUCCCCUCACGUAGGUAACCUCUCUUCUCUCACUACCAUCCUCCUCAGAAACAACUCUUUUCAAGGCCCAAUUCCUGCAGAAAUCACUCUCUUAAGUACCCUUCAGAUUCUUGAUUUCAGCUACAACUUUUUCAUGGGCGCAAUACCCACAAACUUGUCCCAAUGCACCAACCUUGUGCGGCUUGCUCUCACCAGGAAUCUCCUUCACGGAACCAUCCCUAUUGAACUAGGUUUCUUGCCCAAACUCGAAGCUAUAGCCUUUUCAAGAAACCAAAAUAUUUCUGGGCCUAUCCCUUCAUCCUUUGGUAACCUAACUACGCUCACAAGCCUCUCAUUAGGAUCAUGCAGCUUGGCCGGAGAGAUCCCCGAAUCACUCGGCCGCCUCCGUCGCCUCGCCUAUCUUCAACUGAGUGUGAAUGGUUUCACUGGUAGUAUUCCUCAUGCUCUGUUUAAUUUAUCUGAUGUGUAUUACUUUGAUGUUUCUGUUAACCAUCUUGAAGGAGUCAUUCCUUCUACUAUUGGUUUCACACUUCCUAAUCUUGUUGUCCUACUUCUUGAGCGCAACCAAUUUAGUGGGCCAAUUCCUAGUUCCAUUUCAAAUGCUUCAUUGAUUGAGUGGAUCAUUUUGUCCUCCAAUCAGUUUACUGGACCUAUACCAAAUCUUGAGAGGCUCACUCUGAUCCAUGAUUUCUUCUUACAUUCAAAUCUAAUUGAAGAUGAUAUCAGCUUCAUUUCAUCAUUGACAAAUUCCACCAAGUUAGAGCAAUUUGAUGUUAGUGAGAACAUGUUGAGUGGUUCUUUGCGUGAAUCCUUAGCCAACUUGUCCAUUCCUAUCAAUAUGUUGUAUAUACACAAGAAUCAAAUACAUGGAAACAUUCCUGUUGGCAUUGGAAACCUUAUCAAUCUUGAUGUGGUUGAUCUUUCUGACAAUCUUCUUGAUGGCCUAAUUCCCAUGUCAAUAUCAAAGCUCUCAAAUUUGCAUAACCUUUUUAUGGGAAGAAACAGAUUCGCAGGCGAACUGCCAUCACUAUUUGGAAACUUGACUCUUUUGAGUAGAUUGCAGCUUGAUGGCAAUGAGCUUUCUGGAAAUGUGCCUUCAAGUCUUGGCAACUGCUCCAACUUGUUAGAGUUAGACCUCUCUGAUAACAACUUCACUGGUUUGAUCCCUCAAGAAAUCAUGAGGCUUUCAUCUAUUUCCAUUGUCCUGAAUCUCUCUCACAAUGCUUUUGUGGGAUCUAUUCCAUAUGAAGUUGGUUCUUUGAGAAAUCUCGCGGCUUUGGACUUGUCUAGCAAUAGACUGUCUGGACCGAUUCCCAGAUCUUUAAGCAGCUGUGUGAGCUUGCAGCAGCUCUACCUCGAUGACAAUUUACUCGAAGGAGAGGUUCCUGCAGGAAUGAGUGCUUUGAUGGGCUUGCAAGAGUUGGAUCUAUCUCGUAAUAAUCUGUCUGGUCCGAUUCCAACGUUUUUGGGGAAUUUGAAGCUCGGGAAGCUCAAUUUGUCCUUCAAUAAGCUACACGGAGAAUGGAAACCAAGGACUUUGUGGUGGAACUGUGGAGUUAGCCUUUCAACUUUGUUGAAGAUCUUGAUCCCAAUAUUUGUUAUAGGAGGCUUAUGCAUUGUGAUUUUAGUAUUCCUCAAGUGCAAGAAAACAGAAAAUCCCACUCGUAUUUCAUCUGAUGAUACCAUUGGUGCCCAAUUACUGAAGCUUUCUUAUGCAGAUCUCCUAAAAGCAACAAGUGGAUUCUCUGAGAGUAACUUGGUUGGUUUCGGGAGAUUCGGGUCCAUUUACAAAGCGAUCCUUGAUGACGAUAAAGACACAACUGUAGCAGUCAAAGUACUCAAUCUUGAUGUUAGAGGGGCCUCAAAAACUUUCAUGGCAGAAUGCAGAGCAUUGGGAAGCAUAAGGCAUAGGAAUUUGGUGAAACUACUAAGUGUUUGUGAUAGUCUGGAUUUUCAAGGCAAGAAUUUCAAAGCAUUGGUUUAUGAGUUCAAAGUUAAUGGGAGUUUGGAGCAAUGGUUGUACAAUGAUGAAGAAAGUGGUGAGGAUUUUAAGUGUCUUAGCAUAAUCCAGAGGCUUAAUAUUGCAUUUGAUAUUGCUCAGGGGAUUAAAUACCUUCACUUUGGUAGUGGUUCAACUAUUAUUCAUGGUGAUUUGAAACCAAGCAACAUUCUGUUGGAUGAUGAUAUGGUUGCUCGUGUUGGUGAUUUUGGAUUAGCUAAGAUUGUCUCAAACAUACUUCCAUCACAUGAAAGCAAUAGUUCAAUUGGGAUUAAGGGCACCUUAGGCUAUGUCCCUCCAGAAUAUGGGACGUGUGAGUCGAUUUCUAUGCAAGGGGAUGUGUAUAGCUACGGAAUCAUUCUUCUGGAGAUGUUCACAAAUAAAAGACCCACGGAUGAUUUAUUUGGCGAUGAUCAAAAUCUGCACAGAUUUGUGAGCUCUGCUUUACCAGAUCGUGUAAUGGAAAUUGUUGAUCCACAAUUUGAGAUAGGAGCAUUGAAGAUGAAGUGUAUAGCUCGUGUUUUAAGCAUUGGAGUGUCAUGUUCCAAGGAGAAUCCAAGAGAUAGGAUGCCAAUUACUCAUGUUGUUAAUGAAUUGUCUCACAUUCUAGACUUGUUUCGUAACUGAACAACUUUUUGGUUUUGUAAUGUUCAAAGUUUGUAUUUCAAUAAAAAAAGGGUUAUUUGUGUGUAAA